AUGCCUUCGCUGCAAUAUCUACUUGUGAUCACUGCUACCUUCCUCGCGCUUGAAGUGCGUUCUGAGGAAGCCGAAUGGCCGGGAGAAGGAAGCCCAAAUACCAAUUGCCCCCAAAAUACGCAGAUGAACGACAGCUUGAGAGAAAACUAUACGAAUAUGCAUAACUAUCGCAGAGGCCAGCUCGCACAGGGACUAGUCGCAAAAGUUAGCGGACAUCUCCUCCCGCCGGCUAAGAACAUGAUAAAAUUGAAAUGGGACUGCAACUUGGAAAAAGAUGCGAUUGAUAAGGUUCGCGGAUGCCCCAAGGAUGUGUCUAAUGAAAAGCUAAAGGGAGAACUUCGUCAUCGUGUCCCUGUUAAAGACGUGCAAAACUAUGAAGAUGGAAUCAGAAACGCUGUCCAUAAUUGGUGGAGAGUUGUACGAUUUAACGAUGGCAUUGGAAUGAAAGCAAUGUUUCGAGCAAAACACGUUGGCCAACCUAUAGCGACGUUUACGCAGAUGGCAUGGGCAGAGACAACAAAUUUAGGAUGUGCCAUAGGCAAAUGCUCGUCGGAUUAUGUGAUCAUUUGCCGCUACAAUCCAGCGGGUAAUGAAAUUGAAAGACUCGUAUACGAUCCUGGAGACACCUGCAACAGCUGUGUUCACAGCUGCGACAAAGAAAAUGGAUUGUGCAUCGUUUGA